AUGGGUAAAUUUUAAAUGCCAAAAUGAUGAUGCAGGCGGCUCCCAUACCCCCUGCGCUUUCGGAGCCUUAUGAGGCCUUCGUGAAGGAGCCGGUGCAACAGCCGCCCGAGGUAAAGCCUGCUGACGAAGACACACAGCCACAGGUGGAACCAGAAAAUGUCUUACACGAUCUGACUUCAGUUGGGCGGCUCUGCAUUACCAAGCGGCUGCAGGUGAAGAGUGUGCUGUUCCUCCGAGGCAAGAAGAACAGAUUCCUCGUCAGAACGCAAGAAAAUAACCUCAUAUACACCAUUCAGGAACAAAAUAGCUGGUGGGUUGGCUACUUCUGCUACGGGCUGCGACCGCUCCAGCUGCACGUGCGAGACGGUACAGGUGCAGAGGUGAUGCGGAUCUAUCGGCCCUACGCCUGCACAUCGCGCAUCUUCCCGUGCCAACUGCAGCGCAUCCAGAUAUUUUCUCCACCCGGCACACGAAUCGGUUGCAUAGAGCAAAAAUGGACGCCCAUCAGACCUGAGUAUUUUGUGAAGAAUGAAAACGGAGAACAAGUUUUUUGGAUAAAAGGUCCCCGUGUCACGAUCAGCUUUUUCCGCGACAUCCAGUUCCACAUUUACCGGACGGACGGCACCGCUGUCGGCAGCACCUGCAAGCGCUGGCAGGGCAUUCUCCACGCCAUGUUCUUCGCUCCAGUCUCCGACAAAUUCGGAAUAGCUUUCGAAAGAGAUCUAUCAGUUGAAGAGAAGGCAUUACUUCUGGCCGCGACUCUACUCCUCGACUACAUGUACUAUGACGUAUGA